GCACACCAUCGUUUAAACGACAAGACGAGCCCUCCGAGAAUUUCACCGACACCAGCCAAUGAUCGCCUGCGAUUCUUCCAUCUCGAACGCGAAUAAAUGCGGGGGUGCCAAACGACUCGUGGCCAAGCUUCUUUUCACACCAAUGGAAUAUCUGCAUGAACAGCCUAAAGGAGGGGCACAGCCGUGGCUUUUGGUGGCUGAUCGCUAUGUGGAACAAUCGGAUUCAAGGACAGUGAAACGUACACACGAGACGAUGUGGGGAUAAAGCUAUCGCUUGCAAUAUUUUGUCACAGAUGGGAAGAUAUAUAGAAAUGGUCUGAUUCCCUGUCGGCAGGGGGUGGUGGUACAUACCGUCUCCAUUGCUUGCAAUUUAAAUCCAACAUCGAAACUUCACGAGCGGUGGAUUUUUCUUUUGGGAUAUCUAUUCUUUAUAUAAAUCGGAGAGAAGCUUCAUUACAUCAUGCCUACCGCUGUCGAUAAUGCGACUCCCGCUACGAUCCGGGGAGGCAAUGAGCAAUCUCGUCCUCGUAUCGCCCAGCCGUUGGAAUAUACCGGCACCUUAGACACAUACACCCAUAAUGACCUCACGCCCGUUAUCGGGAGAGAGUAUUAUGGUGUGCAAGUUGCCGAGAUCCUGAAGUCAGAAGAAUGCGACCGGAUAAUCAAAGACCUUGCUGCUACGAUCUCCAGACGAGGCGUAGUCUUCCUCCGCAAUCAAGAGUUAACCCCACAAGAAAUGCGCCAAUUCGGUGAAAAACUAUCAGUCCUUGCAGGAUGCCCCGAAUCAUCAACCUUACACGUCCACCCACUGACAGAAGAAGGAAGCGAACUGGGCGAUCAAAUCAGCGUCAUCAGCAGCGAGAAGCAGAAGAAAGGAGGUGGCCUGACACAUCAGCUCAGCGACACGAGCCGCUUCGCUUCAGUAGGAUGGCACACCGACAUCAGUUUCGAGCGAGUACCAUCCGACUAUGCGAUGCUGAAGAUUCACACUCUCCCUAAGACAGGUGGCGACACGCUCUGGGCCUCGGGCUAUGAGAUCUACGAUCGUCUCUCGCCGCAAAUGGCGGAGUUUCUGGAAGGGCUAACGGCGACGCAUGAUGCUACGUUCUUCCACGAUGAGGCGCGGAGAUUGGGUAACCCUUUACGAAAGGGUAUCCGGGGUUCGCCUCUUAAUCAUGGCGAGGAGCUUACGGCUGUACAUCCGGUUGUGCGGACUAAUCCGGUUACCGGAUGGAAGUCGGUGUAUGUGAACAAGGGAUUUACUCGUCGUAUCAACGGGGUAACCAAAGAUGAGUCUGAUAUGCUAUUGCAAUAUCUAUUCAACCUUGUCACGCAAAACCAUGACGCCCAGAUUCGGUUCAAGUGGAACAAGAACGACAUGGCAAUUUGGGAUAACAGGUCAACUUGGCACUGUGCGACAUAUGACUAUGAGGAAGCUCGGGCUGGUGACCGAGUCUGCAGUUUGGGCGAGGCCCCUUAUUUUGAUCCUCAGUCUAAGUCGCGGAGAGAAGCUCUUGCUGAGAAUUAACGGUAAUGAAUAUCUUAUCAUAUAUCUGGCGUCGGUUGUUGUUUCUGAAAUCUAGGGGUGCAUUAAUAAUGUUCACAAAUGCACAGAGACAAGUCUUGGUAUUCAUUGCAUGAUUAAAUAAAACAUGUAAAUCUCAGAGAGCCACAGCGCCAAUAGCUUGUAAGUCAUUUUACCCCUUUGAGUUAAACAGACUUAUAUAGUGAAAAAAAAAAAAGCAAAGGAAAAAGAGAGAAACAUGAAAA